AUGGCAUUAUCUCUAUCAACAAGAUUACUACCGAGGCUACGACCGAUCCUCCCCUCCACACGAACCAUCGUCAGCGCGGCACCAAGACCAACCCCAGAACAAUGGCCACAGCGCCAUCCCCUAGGAUCAUACUACGAGACCAUCCUCCUCAGCCCCUCCACCCAACCCGCCGACAAACCAGAAGUGCCGCCCAAGUCGGCAGACCCAAGCGUCCAAGAUAAAUUCCCCACGAAACAAGCCACACAAACACCAGAGGAAAAAGCGCGCUUAGUCUUUGGAUCGCGCGUGCUAGGCCAAGCAGAAAAAGACGAAAGAUUAGCCGCCCGAAAGGCAAAAGCUACAUACAUCGCCGGCGUUCUCGUGCCGCCGAAACCCACCGAGCCGGAUAACUGCUGUAUGAGCGGGUGCGUCAAUUGCGUCUACGACCAGUACCGCGACGAACUAGAAGAGUGGCAGCUGAAAAACGCCCAAGCGCAGGCUGCGCUGCGAAAGGUGGAAGGAUCGGUCGAUUCUGACGGUGGCGGUUCAGAGGCUAAUUGGGCUGCUGCGCCUUCGGUUGGUGAAGCUAAGAUCGCUAAGGAUUUCUGGGAUGAGGAGUUGUAUGCUAAUUUGCCAGUGGGGAUAAGAGAGUUUAUGAAGACCGAGAAACAACUAAAGAAGAGGCAUGAGAGUGAAGGUUCUAAGGAGAGUUGA